GCCCCCCGUGGGCCGGCGUUGCCCCGACGUCGCCGCCGCGCACCGCCGCCGCCGCGCGGGCCCCGUUCCGGUCGUCAGUCGCGGCGAGUCGCGCCAGCGGACGGAGCAGUCUGCGUGCCCAGCGGACGCCCGAGUCGGACCCUAUGGCGUUGCCGAACGCCCGUCGCCCGCGUCGGCGGCCCCAGUGAAGCGGUGCCGGCCGUGUGAAGGCGCGCCCGUGGCCCGAACGCGCCGUGGAGGCCUCCGACGGGAGCCAGUGUGCCGCGGUCGCCUGCGUGCGCCCCCGCUGGGGCUCCGGCCGCCCCCCGCCCCUGCUCGUGUCGCGGCAUGAUGAGCAGCUGUGAUUCGGUCUGGCCCGCCGAGCAUGUCACGCCGGAAGCAAGCCUGCCCCAGCAGACACAUCGCGCCGACCGUACGUUGCAACGGUCCUGGCGGCAGCAGUACCGGCGGUGAAGAAGAGAGCAGUGACGACGAGAACGUCUGCGUCCGGUGCCGGGCCGAGCUGCCCGGCGUCGAUCAGCUGACCGCGCACAAGCCGCGUUGGUGCGCUCCCUGCGCCGACCGCCGCGCCAUGGGCCUGCCGGCCAUCCAGACCAGCAUUCGCGGCCAGUGCGUGGGCGCGGACGACCCCCGCGCCGAGGGCAUGGCCGACGACGACUCCCCGGGCAGCGUGUCCCUGGGGCCCUUGCCGCCGACGCACGUGGCCCUCGAGGCCCUCCAGAGCACCAAAGUGGCCGUGGCGCAGUUCGCCUACGGCACGGGGGCGCCCGCAGAGCUGGCCGCACUGCACGAGGCGCUGCUCGCCUUGCAGCAACAACAGGUGGUGCAGCUGCACAUCAUCCAGCAGCUACAGGCGUACGUGGGUGCGUCGCCGGCGCCGCUGCCGGUGAACCUGAGCCGCCCGGACGCCGAGGCCCCGCCGCCGUCGCCUCGGGCGCCCAGAUCGGGCCCAAGCCCGGAGUGCCGGGCAGAGCCGCUGCUCGCUGGAGUGCGGGAGACGCCGCCGCCGCCCAACACCCGACCCAAGGAGUCCGCGCCGCAGCCGGACGGGGUGGACCGCCUGGCGCUGCCGCCGGCCGAGUCGUCGGCGGAGCCGCUGGCCGAACCCCUGGCCCAGCCCAAGGUCGAGCCGCUCGCGGCCGGCCUCGUCACGCCCCCGACGGCGCCGCCGCCCCCCGACGAGCCCAACACGCUGGAGCUGCUGCAACGGCACACGGAGAAGGCGCUCCAGGAAACCAUGAGCGGUGGCUCGUUCCUGCUCAACGGGCUGGGCUCGCCGGACUCGUCGCGGCUACGCAGGAAAGGCGACGCCCGGCCGGACGAGGCCUACCUGCGCCACAGGUGCCGCUUCUGCGGAAAGGUGUUCGGCAGUGACAGCGCCCUGCAGAUCCACAUUCGCUCGCACACGGGAGAGCGGCCCUUCAAGUGCAACGUGUGCGGCAAUAGGUUCUCCACCAAGGGAAACCUGAAGGUGCACUUCCAGCGGCACCGGGCCAAGUACCCCCACGUGCGCAUGAACCCCAACCCGGUUCCCGAGCACCUGGACAAGCACUUCCCGCCGCUCGAGCCCCCCGGGGACCGCAGCCCGACGUCGCCCUCGGCGCCGCCGCCGCCUUCCUCGUCGCCGCCGCCGGGGCCUCACUCGCUGGCCAGGGCCCUGGCUGUUGUCUCGUCUAGGGGCGACGAAGCGGCGGCAGGCUUCAGCGGGCUCUCCAACUCGCGGACCCGGAGCACCUCGCCCUGCCACGAAACGAGCGCCUCCAACGUGACCACGUCGGCGGGGUCUCCGGAACCCGACGACGACGCGGCGCUCAGUCUCAAGGCGGAGCCCGAGGACUACCCGGAGGAGGACCGCGGCUCGGACGAAGAGCACGACUCGGGCUCCUCGGCGGAGGACUACCCGGGCGGCUUCCUCGCCGGCGGGACGUCGUUCUCGGAGCCCGCGGUGCCCCUUCACGCCGACCCUGCCUUUUACCAGGACCUGCUGCCCAAGCCCGGAAGUAACGACAACUCGUGGGAGACUCUGAUGGAAGUGACACGACCGUCGGAGACCUCCAAGCUUCAGCAGCUCGUGGACAACAUUGAGCACAAGCUGAGCGACCCGAACCAGUGCGUCAUCUGCCAUCGGGUGCUGAGUUGCCGCAGCGCCUUGCAGAUGCACUACCGGACCCACACGGGCGAGCGGCCCUUCCGCUGCAAGAUCUGCGGACGUGCCUUCACCACCAAGGGCAACCUGAAGACGCACAUGGGCGUGCACCGCGUCAAGCCGCCGCUCAGGGUGCUCCACAAGUGCCCCGUCUGCCACAAGCAGUUCACCAACUCGCUGGUGCUCCAGCAGCAUGUCCGGAUGCACGGCUCCGACGCGGCGGUUCCGCAGCACGGCCCGCCCCGGGACGCGUCGCCCGCCAAGACCGGCUCGCCGCAGCCGUGUGCUUCUCCGCCGGGGUCGCCACCGCCGCCGCCGCCGCCGCCGCCGCCGCAGUGUGACCCGCAGCGCGGGUCGGCGUCGCCACAGCCUGCACCGCACCACCCGCCGCAGCAGCAGCCCCUGCUGCGACCGCUGAGCCCCGAACGACCGCCGUCGGAACUCACGUCGCUGGCGGCGCUCGAGAAUCAGGUGAAGGGCAUCAAGACGUCUCUGCAGACUCCGGCACUGCCGUUCGGUCCCUUCGGGCUCGGCCUGGCCGCGGGCUUCGGGCGCUUCGAGGACCAGCCGCUGUUCCUGGGCCGCGGCGCGGACGCCGGCGGCCAGAGGUCCCCGGGCUUCUCUCCGCGGGCGGGCUCGGAGAUGUCGACGGGCGACGAGCGGUCGAGCCCGCCGUCGCCUCCGUCCUCGCCGCCCGUGAACGGGGCCCCGCUGGACCUGACACCUCGGUCGCUGCGCCCGGGGGACCCGUUCCCGGCAGGCCGCCUGUUCGCGGCGGCGCCGCUGGGGGGCCUGCCGUUCCCGGGCGCGGCGCCCGGGCGGCCCAACACCACCUGCCAGAUCUGCUUCAAGACGUUUGCCUGCAACAGUGCUCUCGAGAUCCACUACCGGAGCCACACCAAAGAGCGACCGUUCAAAUGCAGCGUCUGCGAGCGAGGCUUCUCCACCAAGGGGAACCUCAAGCAGCACAUGCUGACGCACAAGAUCCGGGACCUGCCGGCCACACUGUUCGCGGCCAGCUCGGCCACGGGGGGCCCCAGUCCCCCGGCCCCGAGUCCCGUGAGGCCGCCCAGCCCCGCCGAGCAGCCCCGGCCCGACGAGGCGAGUCGCGGCAAGCGGCCGGGCGCCCCGAGCCCGGCGCUGCGCCGGCCGCCGGGGCUGCCGCGCCACGUGUGCCAGGUGUGCCACAAGCCCUUCUCGAGCUCCAGUUCCCUUCAGAUCCACAUGCGCACUCAUACGGGAGACCGGCCCUUCAAGUGCUCCGUGUGCGGCAGGGCCUUCACAACCAAGGGCAACCUCAAGGUGCACAUGGGCACGCACAUGUGGAACAACGGCAGCUCGCGGCGAGGCCGCCGCAUGUCCAUCGAGCUGCCGGCGCUGCUGGGGCCCCCCAAGUCUGCGCCCCCGGGCAUGCCAGACUUCGGGGCGCCCCCACCGCACGACCUGUUCUACCCGUACCUGGGGCCGGCCUACCUGAAUGGCAUGCUGGGCCCGAAGGCGAACGAGGUCUCGGUCAUCCAGGGCGGCGCCGAGCCCCGGCCCGGUGACGAGGCCGAGCCGCACAACGGCGCCUGGGCCUGGAAGAUGGCCUGCAACCUGUGCGCCAAGAUCUGCGGUUCCUCGCUCGAGCUCGAGGCCCACCUCAAGGCGCACCACCGCAAGGAGCUCGAGCCCCCGGACGGGCUGCAGCCGGCCUGAGCUAGUCCUCGUCUCUUCGCCCCCUAACUUAUUAUCUCAUCCACGGUCAUGUCUUCUGUGAUAGUACGCCUCCCCUGGCUGUCACCUCGCCAACCUCUCACCCUUCCCGCGCGGGUCGAGCACCGGCGGUCCAUGUUCCCCGGUCACCGUCGUCUUCUCACCCCCGUCCCCGGCGAGGCCGCCAAGCGGAGGGCCCGCUCGCACACGCUCGCUCGCUCGACCGCGCUUGGGGCUCCCCGGCGCCGCGGCGGUGCCCCCCUUCCCGGCACGGACAAUCGGCUUUCCGGGCGGUCUGGGCUCCCUUCCGCUUUACGAGGCGCGGCCAUGUCGACGGAGCUCGCGUUGGAGGCCUCCGGUGCAAUCUCUGACGAUAAGACGCUCGCGAGAAAGGCUGUCUGCUAUCGCAGUGUGAAGCAGUGUGAGCCGCUGCCCUGGAAUGUACGGGCCCUCUCGAUUUACAUGGCUUGCACUGACGUCACCUUGCGUGCUUUUGGCCACCAUGAAAUAGAGAGAGGAAAACUGCUUUUAUAGGAAUUUUGAGUGACGGGCUAAUCUUCCAUAAUGUUUCGGGGAGAAUAGCGACGAAUGGGCUGACCUGGGAGACACAAAACAAGGUCUCGGUAAGAGGGGAGCUCCUUCUUCCCCUCUUCUCUGGUUGCCAUCGGAGCGCUCUUUGGAUGACGUCAUGUGCAAGCCAUGUAUACGAGGAUCCCGGCGUUGUAAAAAGAAACGCCUCAAGUUAUUGCGCCACUUGGAGGGCAUCUGUCCACACCGAGAAAGAAAGCAAAAGGCUAUGACACGAAAGGGACUUCGGUGUGCCUGUUAUGAACGUCGCCCUAUAUAGAAGCAUAUUGUCACAAGCAGUAUUACGUUCAGGUUACAAAGGAGUUGUUCGUCGUACACUUCCGUUUCGUAUAAGCAAAAGGAUGCGAGUCGCCCAUCGGGUCUUAAAGGUGCUCUAUAAAGGUCUAUAACUUCGUCUUCCCGUGGCUCUAACUUGAUUUUCCAGCUUUGCUAAGUCUAAACACCGUGGACUGUCAAAAUAAACUUAUCGUUUUCUUUCUUUAUAAAACACGCAAUCAAACUCUUGUACACUUUCCCUCAUUUAAGCCGUAUAGAGAGGAAAAGUAACAGCUCGGGUUAGACGGCAAGCAAUGACCUUCCAUCAGUCAGGAUUUAAUAUGCAUCACUGAAUGCGAAUAAAAAAAAAACGCGGCUGAUAAAAAAAAUAUUAAUAUUUCAGUUAUCAAAACUCCCUUCCUUACCGACUUGUCGUCUUCUGAGUCACUGUCAAACGGCGACCCCGCUGACCCUGAGCGAGAGUGAAGGUGCAUCAAAGCCGUGCUCCUAAAAGACAGAGGGCCGUCUGGCGUCAUCCAACUGGUUUGUUGCUUGCCCUUUUCUUGGCACAAAAAGAAAAAAAAAAGUAUUAAAAAAAUAAGAACUUCGAUUGCGCAUUUUAUUAGAAGUGGCGCGCAUGUGCGGAUAAUGUUUGGUUUCUUAAGUCGCACUGCUCGUACAGCAUGCAAGAGACGCGGUGUCCGCUGCCGGCAUGAUGACGGGAUUAUCUUGCGGACACGCCCGAACCAUCUUAGCAGCAGGUUUGCUUAAAUUUCAAACAUACGUUAUGCCUCGAACAUGGUGCACGUUAAAGACCCCAGGCUAGCGGUUGUACUGCACUGGCUAAAUUGCUCAUCUACAGCGAGUGACUCGUCGCAACUUUAAAUGGCAGACCAACUAUACGCUGUAUAAAUAUCCCACAACCCAAUUUUAAAAUCUUUGUAGACAGUCUGUAUAUGACGACUAUAAAGCCGGGGUCACGCUGCUUAUACAUCCUAUAAAAGACAGUCUUCAAAGCUCGAGUCACCGUGAUAUUCGCGGUUCGAAAGCCGCGUGCCGAGUUUUCUUCUCGAACUCGUUGCCAUGCGGCAUUCGAAGCACGGAUCUUGCGGUGACUUGCGUUCGAAUCUGUUCGCAGACUGUGUCUUGUAUGAUGUAUUUUCACUGUGACCGCCUCGUUGGAGAGCCACAACAGCACAAAGUGAAGACAGACCACUUUAGAGCACCUGUCGUUAAAGAUGGCGCCAAGACGCGAGCUCCUAGAUCACGAGCAUUUGAACAGGGCGCGAAGGGAGCCCUAGACAAAGCGGGUGCCGUCGCGGGGUCCGCUCGGCACUUUUUCUUUCCGAGCCGCGGUUUUUUGUUUUUCUGCCGGCCGGCCGGCACCGGGGCCGAGGAUUCCGCGCGAGUGAUACCCGGGCUGUGAUAUGCGCUGAGUCCCCGGCCCCCUUCCAAACCCCCCGACCCCCCGAGGGCGCGCUGCUUUUCGUGGAGAAAACUGGACUUGAAAGCCGCGUCCUCGGGCUGUUCAACUGGCAGCGCGGGCAUCUAUUUUUUUUUUCCUCUUCCGAACGCGGAAAGAAGCAUUCCGGUAGCCUGCGGUUCCUCCCCCAUCAAGUUGACCUCUACACCGAAUUUAGUGUAAGGACGUCUGCUCCCUUUAUUUGUCCGCGUGACGUCGCCGCCAGUGUGAACCCAUUACGUCGUUUGGCGUUUAACGGCGUCAGAAUGGAGCUACCAAUAGCGGACACUGGACUGCAUGACCAUGCCGUUGUCUGCUCGGAGGUUAACAACCAAAUCGUCGCAGUCGGGUUUGUUCACGGGCACGCAGGAAGGCAGAAAGGGUCGCUUUGCGCAGGUACGCACGCGCAUGCUUGGAGGCGGUUCUUACAAAUGGCAUUCGUGGCCCAUUGGGGCUCGUUGCGCACUAUGGGUGGUACAUUCCGUAUUUUGUUCGUUGUUUUCAGGACAGUGUCGCGUCGCUGCGAAGUCAACCGACACGAAGUUCUUUUAACUGUAAUAUUUGGCGCCUUCGUUGUUUGUUGGGCUGUGCAGUUGUGUCGGCGUCGUCCCCCCCAAAUUCGUCGUUAGGGCCUAGUCCACCAGAGGAACCAUCACCGUUCUUUGUUCGUCAACGGAACAA